UGUGAGUUGGAGGGAAGUGCAGUGAUUGGUUUGAAAGCUUCACAGACUUUGACCAAUAGAAGACGAGAACGCUCUCUUAAAUACUGACUGCCUGGUUCGGUCGAUGUAUUUCUGUCUUGAAGAGGUAAAUUUCAGUGCAUCUACAACAUGAGCGGAAGAGGCAAAACCGGCGGUAAGACCAGAGCAAAGGCUAAGACUCGGUCAUCCAGGGCUGGACUCCAGUUUCCCGUUGGCCGUGUUCACAGACUGCUCCGCAAGGGUAAUUAUGCUCAGCGGGUCGGUGCUGGUGCUCCGGUUUACUUGGCCGCCGUGCUCGAGUAUCUGACCGCUGAGAUCCUGGAGUUGGCUGGAAACGCCGCUCGGGACAACAAGAAGACCCGUAUCAUCCCCCGUCACCUGCAGCUGGCGGUGCGCAACGACGAGGAGCUGAACAAGCUUCUGGGCGGAGUGACUAUCGCUCAGGGUGGUGUGCUGCCCAACAUCCAGGCCGUGCUGCUGCCUAAAAAGACCGAGAAGGCCACAAAAGGCAAAUAAAUCGCUGGAAAUUGAUGACUACUAACCACAAAGGCUCUUUUAAGAGCCACCCACUGUCGCCUU